AUGGUGGCUAGAGAACAGACUAACGAUAUGGGAUUGCAUUGUUCGUCUGGCUCUAGCUCUUCUUCUGGUGUUGUAAAUCUCGAAGUUGGUUUUUUCGAGAGAGAACGAUGUAGGUUGAUUCAGGAGAUUUCCAAAGGUGUUGAGGCUGUGCUGGGUAGUUCGAAUGAUGUUAAUCGCAAAUUGGAAGAGAGUAUUUCGGUGGGGAAAGAGUUCCAUCCUAUCUCGCAGCUUUGGAGUAAGUUCGAACGUAUUAUGGUUGCUUCUGGUAUUGCUAGUCUUGCGACUGCUUCCGACGAUUCUUGUCCCGACACCGCUGACGCUUUGCGAGUGGGAGUGGAGAAGGAGCGUGAAGGAGAGCGGGUGAUAGGCGCAGGUAUGGCUACGCCCAAAAACAAAGCCCCAGACGACGAGCAAAAGGGAACCACUCAAGAGGCCGAGGGAGCAAUUAGGUUGCAAACGACCAGCUCGAAAUUGCCUCCUGGUGUCGCUCCCGGUGGUGGUCGGAUCUACGCCUAA